GGGGGGGCGCGGCGGGGCCGGGAGGGCGGCGCGGCGGCGGCGGCGGCCCCGCACCCAGCGCCCGCACCCACCGCCCGCCUCCCGCGGGCGGCGGCAACAAAGGCCCUUCCCCGCCCCCGCCGCCGCCUCCCGCCGCCGCCGGCAGCGUCCUUGCGGCAGGAAGAUGCCCGGGGAGGUGCCGCCGCCGGCGCCCCGGGGGCUGCGGAGCCUCCCGCUGCUGCUGCUGCUGCUGCUCAGCGCCCGCGCCGCGCUGGCUCAGCGCUGGCGCAAUGAGAACUACGAGCGGCCCGUGGACCUGGAGGGCUCCGGGGAUGAUGACCCCUUUGGAGAAGAUGAGCUGGACGACAUCUACUCCGGCUCUGGCUCGGGGUAUUUUGAGCCGGAGCCAGGGCUGGACACGGCCGUGAGCCUGACCACGGACACGCUGGUGACGCUGCCCACCACGGCGGCCGUGCUGCCCGUCACCGCCGCCCAGCCCGUGGCAACGCCCCUGGAGCCGUCCCCCACCCCCCAGGACACCACCCCUGGGCAGGCCACCAGCGCCUUCCUCAUCCCCAGGACCACAGCAGCACCGGUGGUGCCCAGCUGGAAAGCCACCACCACCACCAGCACCACAGCCAGCGAGCCCCCAACCACCACGACCACCACCACCACCACAGCCACCACCACCACAGAGGCCACCACCACCACCACCACCACGGAGGCCACCACGACCACAAGCAGCACCACUGUGGCCACGGCCAAGCCCACCACCAUCCGGAGGUUCCUGCCCCCCUUGGCCACCAAGGCGGCCACCACCCGGGCCACCACCCUGGAGACCCCCACCACAGCCGUCCCCGAAACCAGCACGCCGACAGAGGUGGCCACGUCACGCCUUGUCCCCAGCAGCACGGCCAAGCCCAGGGCUCUGCCAAAGCCCAGCACCUCGAGGACUGCAGAGCUCCCCGAGAAAAGCACGGCAUUGCCACCCACGGCCACCACACUGCCGCCCACAGAGGCCCCCCAGAUGGAGCCAGGGGAGGUGACAACAGCCCCCGACAAGGAGCCGGAGGUCCCGGCCAGCAGCGGCCCCAGCGGGGACUUCGAGAUCCGGGAGGAGGAGGAGACGACUCGUCCCGACCUCGGGAACGAGGUGAUGGCUGUGGUGACGCCGCCGGCGGGGCCGGGGCCCGGCAGGAACAUGGAGACAGGACUGAUGGACAACACGAUAGACUCGGGCAACUCGGCUGCUCAGCUGCCCCAGAAAAACAUCCUGGAGAGGAAAGAGGUGUUGAUAGCGGUCAUCGUGGGUGGCGUGGUGGGCGCCCUUUUCGCCGCCUUCCUGGUGAUGCUGCUCAUCUACCGCAUGAAGAAGAAGGACGAGGGCAGCUACACCCUGGAGGAGCCCAAGCAGGCCAACGUCACCUACCAGAAGCCGGACAAGCAGGAGGAGUUCUACGCGUAGACGGAGAGCCCGGAGUGCCUCACGCUUCCUCCCUCCCUCCCUCCCCGCUCCAAACCCUCCCCCUCCUCUUCUCCAUCCAGUCUCUCUCUCUCCUCCCUCUUCUCUCUCUUUUUUUGGGAUCAGACUGUGAAUUUUUAAAAGCAAAACCUGCAGCGGCUGAAGGAGGAAACGUGUCCUUGGCAUGGGGGGCACGGGGUGCCCGGAGCAGCGCCAUGGUCACACUGAGCUUGCUUGGGUCACACUGAGCAGUGCCAAGGUGACACCGAGCAGUACCACGGUCACACCGAGCAGCGCCUGGGUCACACUGAGCACCCCGAGGUCACACCGAGCAGCACCACAGUGACACCGAGCAGUGCUGCGGUCACACUGAGUGUGCCCAGGUCACACUGAGCAAUACCAGGGUCACACCGAGCUGCGCCGAGGUGACACCGAGCAGUGCCUGGGUCACACUAAGCAGCACCAAGGUGACACUGAGCACUGUUGAGGUGACACUAAGCACCCUGAGGUCACAUGGAGCAGCACCGCAAUGACACCGAGCAGUACCACGGUCACACUGAGCACCCCAAGGUGACACCAAGCAGUGCUGCUGUCACACCAAGCGCACUCAGGUCACACCAAGCAGUACCACAGUCACACCGAGCAGCGCCGAGGUGACACCGAGCUCUGCCAAGGUCACACCAAGCACCCCGAGGUGACACUGAGCAGCACUGAGAUCACACUGAGCACUGCCAAGGUGACACCAAGCAGCACCGAGGUGACACCGAGCACCGCUGGCCUUUCUGCUGGCGGGAGGGACGGGACACAGAGCCGAUGCCAAGGAGCUGAUGCCAGGGCAGCCGUGCCUGGGAAUGCCCUGGAGAGCAUGGGAUGGGCUGCCCACGGUGCCUGGAGCUCAACUGGACUUUCCCCACCGCCACCACCACGAACUCUGGGAUUCAGACACCUCCUGCCAGCCCUGGGGCACAGGGGGUUUGCUUUGGAUUUAUUGCCCUUUUUUCCCCCGUCCAUAAAGGAGGGAGAUUUCCUUCCCUUUGUCUCAUCUUUAUUUUUUGGUUUUCCUUUGGAAUGGGGUUGGUCGCCCUGCAGGAAUGCCCUUCUGCUGGAAGAGAGAACCUGACUCUCCAACACUCCUGGAACCUUGGGAAAAGCACAAGGGGCUGGAAUACCUGGGGUUCGCUCCUGAAGAGGGGAAAAAAGGAAAUAAAUACAAAUGCUGGGAAUGAUCCCUUUGGAUCAACAUUCCGGAGAGCUUGUGGAGCUGCACUGGGGCAUCCCAGGCUGCUGCCAUCUGGCCACCCCCUGGAAUCUCUUGGAUCCACACCUGGCUGAGGGGUUUGGCCAGGAAGGGACUUGGCUUGGGCUGGGUUUUCACUGUGACCACUAAAGCUCGGCUUUGCGGGACAUUCCUUUGGGAGGAGCUGGGACUGCAGGAGCUGAAUCCUGUCCCUGGCUCUUUCAGAGGGGAUAACAGAGCUCUGCAAGCGUGGGAUGCAGCCUAAGGGAGGAAAUCCAAGCAGGGACCAUCCCUGUCCCAUCAGGGUCCGACAGGGAUCCCACUGGCUCCAGAGGUGAGGAAGGGGAAGCAGAGCCAUGGCUCAGCCCAGGGCUGGUUGGACCAUUGGAAAGAUCCCAAAAUCAAUGGAAACGCCCAGGAUUGAUGGUUUUCCUUUGUGUUUUGAAUCCCCAGGAUUGAUGGUUUUCCUUCACUGGUGUUUAAAUCCCAGCACAACCCAUGGGGCCAGAGAGAACCGGAUCCUGACACCCCAGGUGUCCCAUCUGAGGCUGCCCAGGGUGCAGAUUAAUUACUUCAGAUAUUUCAAUUAAGGUGUUUCAAUGAGGUGGCUCUUAAUUAGCUGGAGCCCUGCUUGUGGCUUUUGUUGUCACAAUGGUCGUGAUCUCGAAGGGGUCCCCUGGAGACUUUUGAUUUGCUCUUGGAACAAUUCAAAUGGGAAAAUCUUUGGGGAAAAAUUGUUGCUUUGUGAAUUAACAGAGCCAGGGACACUUUGGCCCCUGAGGAGGUUGGGGGAUUUAGUGUUUCAUGGCCCUGGUGGGGGUUACAAGACAGAAGAACUUCACCGUGGAAGGGAUUUGAGGCCAGAAGAAUAUUUUGAAUAUAUAUAAAUACAUAUCUCCACUGCUGUACACCACGGUAACACAGGUGUGGAAGGAAAUGAAAUCCCUGGGAUUUCUCAUUACUCUGGGAUGCUCAUGUGGGAUUUCAAGUCGGGAAGUUGGGAGCUUUGGGCUGCUUUUUCCUGGGAUACAACCCAAAAUGACGACCUGGCUUUACUUCCAGAUAGGGAACAGGGCUCCACCAUGGAUCAGCUCUAAAUCCUCAUUCUUGAGCUGUCAGCCUCAAAAUCCUCGUGGUUUAGGUUCUUGGAGCUUGGAGCUUGGAGAAGGCCCUGCUGGAUGUUUGGGGUGGUGAUUCUGGGAGUGACCAUUUCUGUGUCCAUCCUGGAGGGAGGAUGAGGAUGAGGAUGAGGAUAAGGAUGAAGGAUGAGGAUGCUCCAAAGGAGGGAACACACUCAGAAGGAGCCUGGUGCCAACCCAGAGCCACCUUGUGCUGCUCCGGAGAGAGUUUGGACUCCUGAUCUGAUGAUUUAGAGGAUUUUGGCCCUGUUGUGAUCACACAAAGGGGAGUGGCACAAGUCAAGGUCACCAAGGUCACCCAAAAUCCUCAUCUUUUGGGAAAACCUGGAUUUAAUCUUUGGAGCUUGCUUAAAAAAAAAAAAAAUCCCUGCCAGCUUAAUCAUUUUAAUGCUGCUUUUCAGAGCUGCCUCCUUAAUCUUCUUCAUUCCAUUUUUUCCUCGUAUUUAAUAGUCUGAAGUUCCAUAAUACAAUUUUUUUACUCACUCAAGCUUAACCUUGUCCUUCUCAGCUGGUGUUAGGUUGUAAUCCCGGCACUUAAAUCCAUCACAGCUUCAGGAGUGAGGGAAGCUGGAGGUGGGAGGGUGAGAGAAGUCUGGGCAGGGCUUCUGCAGUUAUUAAAAUAUGAGAUAAACACAAUUAAAAAAGGUGAAGGCAACUAAACUGCUAAUCAGAAGUGAUCAAAUAAUUCACUGUUUAACUCUUGCUUCCACACUUUUGCUCUCCACCUGAAGAGGGAGGUGAGCUCCAGGAGAACUUUUUGGGUUUGGAACCAACUUUUUGUGCUUGUGCAAUGAUGCCACAGCCUCUUGUGUCACCUCAGCUCCACGGGGGCUGUUGGAGUUGAUGUCUGAAGGGAAAAAAACAUCCUCUCGUGCUGGAGGAUGUGACCCUGUGCCUCCCUCCAAGGAGUUGGGAUGGAGCUGACUAUGGGCAGGAUUUUCUGGGGAAGUCCGUCUCCCCAAAAACUCCUGGGUAAAGCCAUUUCUCCAUGAGCAGAGCCACAGGGAUGGGUAAAACCUGAGGGGUGGUGCCUGGUCCAGGUGCUUGCUCCAGGGCUUUCCAGGGAUUCCUGGUGGGAACACAGAUGGGGGAGAGGCGAGGAGGCUCCACACAGGAGCUUCCAGCUUCACCCAGAGCAGAUUUUUGGGAAUAUGAACUCGAGUGGAAGUGUCUCCAGCAUCUUCCUUUCCUAAAGCCAAGUCUGGCAUUGUCCCCUCCGCCCAAAUUCCCAUCCCUCAUGGUGAUCCCAGCCAGGAGCAGCUGGAGCAGUGCCCAGAUGUGCUGGUAAUUCCAGCUGUGCUCCCCAAGGGAUUUUUCCAUGGCUUUUCCAUUUCUUUUCUGCCUGUUCCUGUGUGUGUGUGUGAUGUGCUGGAACCGCAGGGAGAGCCUUGGCUCUUCCAGCUGGAUAAUUUUAGGAGUUUCUGGAAUUGCAGGGUGGUGUGGGCUGCUCUGCCAGCUGUGCCAGCCUUGGGCUCUCCCUGCUGGAAUUGCAGCAGGAGAAUGAUGGAGAAUAUCCAGCAGGAGAAUGAUGGAGAAUAUCCAGCAGGAGAACAGCCAGAACUCCUAGGCCACAUCCAAAGGGAAGGGAAGAGCAGAGAGCCCAAACCAGGGCCGAAUGGGGAGUUUGGGCAGGGCAUGGAAGGGGCCCAGCAGCAGCAGGACCUGGCUCUGGGUGGGUUUUGCAGGGAUGGGAGUUGUUCCUAAGCUCCAAAAAUCUCUCUGAUCUUGGAUCUUUCCAUAGAAAGCACCAGGUGCCUGUGUUGGGAUGGAAUUGUCCCUUAGCUCCAAAAGUCUCUCUGAUUUUGGACCUUUCCAGAAUGAGCUGUGCUGGGGGAAUCCAGCUGCAGGGACGGGGAUGGCUUGGGCUGGGUGACUGCCAGCAUGGGCUGGUUGCCUCAAAUUUCCCCUCUCCCUCCCCCAUUUCCCUGACUAUCCCUGUCUGGGAGUUCCUUUGCCUCAUCUCAGGUCCAGCUCCAGCAUUCUGAGCUCUCCCUGCUGUGAAUUCCCAGCUCAGUUCCUUCCACAGGAACAAACCCACCAGCUGAGAACUGGAAUGGAUUUUUAAUUCCUUUUUUCUCCCUUAACCACCCUUGUCAUGAUCUUUUCCGUGCUCCAAGGUUUUCUGCCAGGCUCUGAAGUAACUCUGAGCUUUCAAUCCAGAAAGGUUUGGUGGGAAUGAGCUCCCUGGGAUCCCCGGGAGCGGGGCUGGGGGUGUCUGUGUGUGUAUAUAGUGUGUGUAUGUAAUUAAUGUAUAUGUAGAGAUGUAUAGACGGGCACGGGAUUGGCGGGCUCUGCUCCUGAGGGAGAAAAGGAGGAGGAAAAAGAGGAAAUGGAGGAGGAAAAAGAGGAAAAGGAGGAGGAUUUGUCCUCCAGCACCACGUGCUGGGCUCUGCAGCCCUUGGCCCCUGUCCCAAGGAAUGUGGGAUUCAGCCUCAUUCCCUGUCCCAAGGGAUGCAGGAUUCCCUGCCCAAGGGAUGUGGGAUUUCAUGUCCCAACAAAUUCAGGACUCAGCCUUGGCCCUGCUCCCAAGGGAUGUGGGUUUCCCUGUCCCAAAGGAUGUGGGAUUCAGCCUCCAUCCCUGUCCUAAAGGAUGUGGGGCUCCCCCUCAUUUCCUGUCCCAAGGGAUGCAGGAUUCCACCUCUCCAGUUCCUGCUACUUCUCCCUCCCCUCUCUGCCCUUCACAUCCUCCCAAUCCCAGUCCUGGUCCCAGUCCUGGUCCCAGUCCUGAUCCCGAUCCUAGUGCCAAUCCCAGUCCUGAUCCUGAACCUGAUCCCAAUCCUGAUCCCAGUCCUGAUCCUGAUCCCAAUCCCAGUCACAAUCCCAGUCCUGAUCCUGAUCCCAAUCCCAAUCCUAGUCCAGUCCUGAUCCCAGUCCCAGUCCUGAUCCCAGUCCCAGUCCCGGUCUGGGUGGGUUGGGAUCCGGAGCCUUUUGCCACUGCAUGGCCGGAGCAGAUCCGGGCUGGGAUCCCGGGGUGGAUCCAAAGCCCCGCGAGCUCCGGAGCCUCCCCAGUCCUGGUGCCGGCAGCUCCCCCUUCUCUUAGAGGAGCCUCGGUCUGCAGAUCCCAACCUUUUAUUUCUAUGUUUAUUUUUCCCAUUAUUUUGAUUUUUUGUGUAAAAAAACCCUGAUUUUUUCACAUCCCACAUUCCAGCAUUUCUCCCAGGACCUCCAGGGCUCCAGGGAUUUUUCCUGCAGGAAUUCCCCCGAUGAGGAUCCCCCCUGGCCGAUGUCACCCCAGCCCAGCUGACAAUCAAACCAGACUCCCGAAAAACAGGAAUCCAUCACAGUUUGAUAGAAAAACUUUUUAAAAUCCCCCCUUCUUUCUCACCACCACAUCUCCAGGAUAAACCAUCACCCAUACUCCUCCUGUAAAUAAACAUCGAACCUUCUUGUAUAAAUUAAAAAUAAAAUAAUUUAAAAAAUACAAAAAAAAAAAAUCCAUUGAUAAACAUCUCAAAAAUAAAAUUAAAAAAAAAAUCUCCCUUUCCAGAAGAUUGAAGUAAUUCCAACUUCACUUUUUUUUGGAGUUGAUUUCCAAUCCCCAUAGGAGAACAAAGCAAGGAUCUGGAACACUGCAAAUGUUGGAGCUUUCAAUGAAUCCGGGAGGGAAAAAAAAAUGCAUGUAAAUAUUUUUAAUAGGAGACAUAUCUUAAACAGAACUUUUUUUGUAUGUACAUAACUCUCCUAGAGUUUAGUACUGAAAUGGCUUCAUAGUGUCUGUUUCAAAAAGGAAAGGAAAAGAAAAUGUUUGUUAAUUGUUUUUGUUCUUCCUCAAUGGCCAAAACUUUAAAAAUAAUUACAAAAAAAAAGACUCUAAAAAUAAUCUUUGCCAAUGGAUCUAGCACUGUAAUGGUACUGUCUAUUUUUUUUAAUUAUUUCUGUGCUGUGCCCAUUUAUAAAAUGAGGAAAAGAUAAAAAAAUAAAGUCAUUUAAACAUUG